UUAUACGCAGGAUUUAGUAUUUAUAGGCAGGCUUUAGGUUUCGAAAACUACGUUUUCUAGGGUUUAUGUUUUCAAUUAUAUAAAUCCUGGGUUUAGGGUUUAAGUUCUAUUCUGCGCCACAAGACCAAAUUUUUGCAGCAGCGAUCUGAAUAAUGGGCAAGCAAAAUAAGCGAGUUAAAGUAGAAGCCGAGGAUGAUGUUAUCCUCAGUCAGGAGCUAAAAAAUAAGAAGCAGAAGAAAGAGAAACAAGCAGCUGUUGGAGAUCCUUACGAUAAAGUUAAAAAUGAACGAAUUGAAGUAAAAGUUGAAGGUGGUGUUACCCCCAAUACGGAGCAGAAGAAGAAGCAGCAACAGCGAGUUGAAGGUGAUGCUACCCCCAAUACGGAGCAGAAGAAGAAGCAGCAGCAGCAGCGAGUUGAAGGUGAUGCUACCCCCAAUACGGAGCAGAAGAAGAAGCAGCAACAGCGAGUUGAAGGUGAUGCUACCCCCAAUACGGAGCAGAAGAAGCAGCAGCAGCAGCAGCGAGUUGAAGGUGAUGCUACCCCCAAUACGGAACAACAGAAGAAGAAGAAGAAGAAGCAGAAGAAGAAGAAGCAGCAGAAGAAUGAGAAACAACAAGCUGUUGGAGGUAUUCACAAUGAAGUUAAAACUGAAGCGAACUCAACUGUUGCAAAUGUCUCCAAUGGCCCUGUAAGCGAAUCAGAUAAUGCUUCCAAGGGGAGUCUGAAGAAGAAAAAAGAGAAGACGCAGGAUAAAAAGAAAGAAUUAGCUAAGGAAAAUGUACAAGAACAUGCUGUUGAACUUGCUUCCAAUGGGGCUGGGAAGAAGAAAAGGAAGCAUGAGAAAUCGCAAGAAGUAGCUGAUGAAAAUGUUAAAACCAAUGUUGUUGAAAAUUUCUUAAGUGGGACUGGGGAUAAAAUAAGAGAAGGUUUCGAAGCUGCAACUGAUAGUAAGACAAUUGCUGUCAGUGGAUUGCCCAUUGAUAUGAAGGAAAAGACAAUAUUCGACCAUUUCAGGAGUUGUGGUUUUAUAACUCAGAUCAGCGUGUCCACCUUGUCAGCGGAGGAUAAAUUCUCUGGGCUUGCUUUUAUCGAAUUUGAGGCGGAGGAUGCUGCAAAACGUGCUCUUGGCCUUAAUGGAACAAAAUUGGGGGCCAGAUCGUUGAAAGUUGAGCCGUCCAGGGUUCGUCCAAAGAAAAAAGGUCCACCAGCCAAAAUUAGUGGAUGCAAAAUUGCGUACAUUGGUAACCUUCCUCGAGUUGUUACGGAAGAUGAUAUCAAGCAGUUCUUUAAGGACUCUAAGAUAGAGUCAAUAGAUUUAGCAUUAUAUAAAACAGGGAAAUGCCGUUGCCGUGGUUUUGGACAUGUAUUCUUUGCUGAUGAUGAAUCACUGGAAAAUGCCAUAAAAAAAAAUAAUGUGAAAUUAAAUGACAAGCCAGUCAAGGUUGCUUAUCCAGUCGAGAAGUAUACUGUACCAAGCAAAAAGAAAAAGGUCGUCUAAGGUGUUUAAGAGAUGACAGGAGUUAAAAACUAUACAUGGAGGAAGCAUGAGUUAUUGAUCUGAGCUAUAUUCAGAUGAAUAACAUUUUUGUGCUCUGCGAGGACUCACAAUGAUAAUAGACAAAGCAAUAGAUGCAGGAUUGCUAGCAUCAUCCAAGUGCUUAGGAAUAUCAGGAAUUGAAAACAUUUGUACGAGAUUAAACGUAUUUGACAUGGGCUGUAGGUUUUAAGGCUGCAAGUAUUUCUAAAUACGUAAGCAUUUCACAUGUAAAAUAUUUUACCGUCUCACUCUGGUUUUUUUUGCAAGUGGCCGUUAAAAGAUGCGAGAUGUAUUGGGGAUGAUGAUCAAUAAUUUGUUUUGGCAUUUUAAUAAGAUGAUAAGUAGUUUUGCUAA